ACACAAUUCACAGCACUAGAAUCUCUCUCUCAGAAUUCAAUUGUAAUUGCAUAGUAUGGCUGAUACCGGCCUCAUCCUCAUCACUCCUCUUAUGCCUGAGGCACUUUCCAAAGCAACUUCAAUUGCUGCUGGACAGGUCAGCCUUCCCCCCGUUCUGCAGAAGCAGUUGGCAGAUCUUGCUCAGUCGCUAACCGAAAUUCAAGAUGUUGCACAAGGCGCCGAGCAGAGGCAAGAAAGUGAUCCCGCCAUCAGGCCUUGGUUGCAGAAGCUCAACGAUGCUGUUUAUGAUGCGGUGGAUUUGCUUGAUAAGUGUGAUUACGGUAUACUUGUUCUUCAGAAGGAAGUUCAGACUUCAAUCCAGAGGCUGAAACAGGUGCACGCCUUCUUUUCUAUGGCUAAAAAAUUUGAGAUGAUUAAUGAAUCUUUAGCUGAAAUUAGAAUGCUGGUACCACUUAUUUAUCUGGUUAUCCAACUUGGAGAGCGAAACAGUGCAACUGCUUGGCCAUAUGAUGAGAUGGUCCACCUUCUUGAUUCUUCAGAAGUUGUUGGAAGGGAGGAUGAUGUCUCAAAAAUUGUCUACUUGCUGGAUGACCAAAAGACUCAACAUCCAAUCUCUGGCAUUUCAAUAGUAGGUAUGCCAGGAGUUGGAAAGACAACAGUAGCAAGGUCAGUUUAUAUGAAGGCAAAGGAAGAAAAGCUCUAUGAUGUAGUAGCCUGGGUGUGUGUAUCUGAGGAUUUUAAUCAUCAAAGAAUUUUGGGUGAGAUGUUAGAAUUUUUUCAUCUCCCUCAAAAUAAAAAUUAUACAACUGAUGUACUGCUUCAUGAUCUAGGCCACCAACUAGAAAACAAAACUUUUCUUCUCAUUCUUGAUGAUGUGCGGGAAAGAGAUCCUAACAAGUGGAAUGUUUUUGCCUCUAGUUUUUCAAAAAUUGUGAAAACCAAUGGGAACUCUAUUGUCCUAACAACCCGUUGUGAAAGUGGAGCAUCUGUGCUAGAGAAACAGUUUCCUAUUUGUAGGUAUGAUUUGCAGAGUCUAUCAGAUGAUGACUGUUUGGGGAUAAUUGAGAAGGUAGUUCUCAGAUUAUCUGCAAAUGCGUUGAUAUCUUCAAAGGAUCGGUUGCCAUUGGUUGCAAAACAAUGUGGUGGCUUGCCAUCGGUUGCAUCUGCUAUCGGAGGAACAUGGGGCAAUCAAUUUGAGUGUACAAACAAUACAGUUUUAUCUGUAUUAAAAAUGAGCUUCUUCAAUUAAGAUCUGCCGCAGUGGUUGGAAAACCUCCAUUCUCUUCAAGAGCUGAAAAUUGAACAUUGCCAUCAGUUGAAAGGUCAACCUUCUCUUCAAGACAUGCGACUGCGAGGCCUCGACAACUUAAAUUCCUUUGCCAUCGUCUCUGAAGAAAGUCUGUCCACCCAGCGGCGUCGCCAGAAUUCAAGCACCUCCCUUAGCUCUGCCACUAAGUCCACUGAUCAAGAGGAAGUGCAUUUAGAGGGGGCCAUGCCUUCCCCUAGCUCCGCCACUAAGUCCACUGAUCAAGGGAAAGUGCUUUUAUUGGGAACCAUGCCCUCCUCUAGCUCCGCCACUGAGUCAACUGAUCAAGGGAAAAUGCAUUUGCAGUGGCCCAUGCCCGCUCUCAGAUCCGAGAUUGAGUCCACCGAUCAAGAGAAAUUGCUUUCAACAGGGCCCAUGCCCUCCCCUAGCUCCGCCACUGAGUCCACUGAUCAAGGAAAAUGCACGGAAGGGCUUAUCCUGCCUCAAGUCGGAAGUGAGUCCACCCAGCGGCGCAGCCAGAAUUUAAGACUUCCAAGCAAAUCUCUUCCCCAAACUAUUGAAACAAAGAUGGGUGCGAGUAUCCUUGCCUCUCUCGUAGAUGCAGCUCUGUCGAAGGUGAUUGCUGUUGCUUCUUCUGAUCAGUUCAAUUUAGCACUGGGAUGGAACAAUGAUCUGACGGAGUUUCGUGAUAGAAUGAAGACGCUCCGAGGUUUAUUGCAAGAUGCUAAUGAAAAGAACGUCAGUGGCUACCUUGAUCUGAAGUGGCUCCAGGAUCUUCGAGAUAUUGCAGAUGAGGCUGAUGAUAUGCUGGAGGAGGUCGCUUAUGAAGGUAUGCAGCGGGAAGUUAAGAAUCCAAAGGCCAAGCAUUUCACACUGUCUGACCCCACGGUCUUGCAAUUUCGGCAGAAAAUUGCUAAUAGAGUUCGAAAGAUGAAUAAAAGACUUCAUGAUAUGAGUCUCCGGGCUGAUCUGUUGGGACUGCAACGCAAACUUGCAAACAUGGUUCCUGAACCCAGAGGCAGGGCAGGCCGAGAGACCCACUCUUUUCUUUCAUCUCAAGUUUUUGGAAGAGGGGAAGAUGUCUCUAAAAUAGUCAGCUUGUUGGUUGACUCGAGUAGUCAGCAUGACCUCCCUGUCGUGAUUAUAGUGGGUAUGGCAGGUCUUGGCAAAAGCACUAUAGCAAAAGCAGUGCUUACAAAUGAUAAAAUACGAAAACAUUUUGGUGAUAAUAAAAUGUGGGUUUGUGUGUCUGAAAAUUUUGAUGUCCAAAUGAUUUUAAUGGAGAUGUUGAAGUCUCGUGGUGGAAGUAGUAGUGGUGAUGGUGAUUUUGGAAGCAAAGAUAUAGUGAUGAAGAAAUUACAAGAGAAGUUGGGGGGGAAAAAUUAUCUUCUCAUACUAGAUGAUGUCUGGAAUGAGGAGAGACCGAAGUGGGAGGAUUUAAGGGAUUGCUUGUUGGGAAUAUGUAAAUUUAAGGGGAGUAGGGUGCUUGUGACAACCCGGCUUGAAAAUGUUGCAUCAAUAAUGGCACUUACUGAUGAACAAAUCCAUCGUCCUCGGCAAUUAAAUGAAGAUGAGUGCUGGAGUAUAAUCAAGCAGAUAGCAUUUGGAGACAAUUCAGUAACUGAGGGGUUAGAGGGAAUUGGAAAACAGAUUGCUAAAAGAUGUAAAGGCAUUCCACUAGUUGCAAGUAUUAUAGGGGCUAUUUUGCAGAAUAAGAGGGACAAAGGGGAGUGGCAGGCAAUUACAGAGAAUCGUGUUUGGGAUUCACUGGAAAAGGAAGGGAUCUCAGAUAUAAUAAAAUUCAGCUAUGAUCGCUUGCCCACACUGGCUUUGAAGCAAUGUUUUGCAUUUUGUUCCAUUUUUCCUAAGGAUUUUGUCAUGGAAAGGGUGAAGCUAAUUCAACUUUGGAUGGCUCUAGGAUUUCUUGAAUCACCUGAGGAAAUUAGUAAUAUGGCAGCGAAAGAUAUUGGUGACAAGUAUUUCAAAUAUUUGUUAUCAUAUUCCCUAUUUCAAGAGGAACGGAGGGAUAAUGUAACUGGGAGUGUUGAAUCUUGUAAGAUGCAUGGCUUGAUUCAUGAUUUUGCCCAGUCAAUUUCAAAAUUUGAGACGCUGAUUGUUGAGGAGUGCUCUGGUAGCAAUAUUUCUCGUGAUGUUAGGCAUUUGAAUCUAAUUGAUGGGAGGGAAAUGGUGCCAUCUAUUUUAGGGGAUGUUGCUAAAAAGUUGCAGACAUUGUUUUCCAAGCAUAGUUUUUCUAAUGGUGUGCAAGUGGAUCUUACAAGGUUACGAGUUCUCAGCCUUGAAGAUGCUUAUGAUGCAAAACAAUUGCCGAUGUGCUUUGGCAACUUGAAGAGGUUGAGGUACUUGGACAUUUCAGGAACUCAGAUAGAAGAACUGCCUGAAUUCAUCUCCGAGUUGUACAAUCUACAAACAUUUAGAUUCAUGGAUUGCAGAUCUCUUAAAAUGCGCGAAAGAGGAAUAGGAGAUUUAAUCAACUUGAAGCAUAUUUAUUUCAGUGAUGAAAAGCGUAUGCCUGCAAACCUUGGGAGACUAACCAACCUACAAACAUUGCCAUUAUUUUUUGUAGGUACAACAGAAGGACGUAAAAUUGAAGAAUUGGGAAGCUUAAGCGAACUCAAAGGAGGACUAAAGAUCCUUAAGCUUGAGCUUGUUGCAAGCAAAUCGGAAGCAGAGGGAGCAAAGUUAAAAGAGAAGGCAAUCAAGGAUUUGGAAUUUCGUUGGUUGAGAGGUGAUGGCAAUCAAGAUAAAGAUGAAGAUGUCUUAGAAGGCCUCCAACCCCCCUCAAAUAUAAGAAGAUUAAGGAUUGAUGGCUAUGGAGGUAGAAAGUUGGCAUCAUGGAUGUUGUCACUCAACAAUUUGGUGGAUCUGACAAUAUCCCAUUGCUAUAUGCUUCACAGAAUUCCAGAUAUCAGUGGGCUUCUAUCUCUUCAGCGGCUCCAUGUUCGUGAUUGUGAUGAAGUAACUAGUUUGGGUGAUGGUGAUGGAGCAUUUACGUCUCUCAAACAAUUAUCCAUAUCCAGGUGUGGUAAGUUAGAGAGAGUUUUGGUUAGUGGAUUAUCAUCUCUGGAGGAACUCAAGAUUGUGUAUGGCUGGGGGAUAAAUAGCAUAGGAGAUAGCCUAUCAAGCUCCACGUGUCUCAAACAUUUGCAUCUGGAAAGCUGUGUUAAAUUGCAGUCUAUUCCAAGUCUAGAAGGACUUGUCUCUCUCAAAACAGUAAUUAUUUCCAAUUGUAAAGAAUUAGAGCGUCUACCGAGUGGGCUCUCAUCUUGCACUGCUCUGGAGAAAUUGAAGAUAAGGAAAUGCUCUAAUUUGGUUUCUAUUCCUGAAGAAUUGAAACAGUUGCAGUCUCUUGUUGAGUUGGAAUUUUGGGGUUGUCCAAAAUUGAAGUUUAUUCCAAGUCUAGAAGGACUUGUCUCUCUCAAAACAAUAACUAUUUCCGGUUGUGAUGAAUUAGAGCGUCUACCGAGUGGGCUCUCAUCUUGCACUGCUCUGGAGAAAUUGGCGAUAUGGGGACACUCUAAUUUGGUUUCUAUUCCUGAAGAAUUGAAACAGUUGCAGUCUCUUGUUGAGUUGGUUUUUGAAUAUUGUCCAAAAUUGAAGUUUAUUCCUCUAGAAGGACUUGUCUCUCUCAAAACACUAAAUGUUACAAAGUGUGAUGAAUUAGAGCGUCUACCGAGUGGGCUCUCAUCUUGCACUGCUCUGGAGAAAUUGAAGAUAAGGGAAUGCUCUAAUUUGGUUUCUAUUCCUGAAGAAUUGAAACAGUUGCAGUCUCUUGUUGAGUUGGAAUUUUGGCGUUGUCCAAAAUUGAAGUUUAUUCCAAGUCUAGAAGGACUUGUCUCUCUCAAAACAAUAACUAUUUCCGGUUGUGAUGAAUUAGAGCGUCUACCGAGUGGGCUCUCAUCUUGCACUGCUCUGGAGAAAUUGGCGAUAUGGGGACACUCUAAUUUGGUUUCUAUUCCUGAAGAAUUGAAACAGUUGCAGUCUCUUGUUGAGUUGAGAUUUUGGUGUUGUCCAAAAUUGAAGUUUAUUCCUCUAGAAGGACUUGUCUCUCUCAAAACACUAAAUGUUAUCAAGUGUGAAGAAUUAGAGCGUCUACCGAGUGGGCUCCCAUCUUGCACUGCUCUGGAGACAUUGGAGAUAAGGGAAUGCUCUAAUUUGGUUUCUAUUCCUGAAGAAUUGAAACAGUUGCAGACUCUUGCUGAGUUGGAUAUUUGGGAAUGUCGAAAAUUGAGGAGCUUCCCAGACGAGAUCUUGGGCUCUCUUGCCAGCUUGAAGACAUUAAGGCUUGGCCUUUUCUCAGAAGAGCUGGAGGAAUUCCCAGAUUUGAGUUCCACUUCCUCCCUUGAAGUCUUGCGUUUGGAAGGAUGGGGGGAAUCGCUAACUCUGCCACAUCAAAUUGAUCGCCUCACUGCUCUCAGGAACUUAACUAUCAAAAGCGUGAAUGGAGUGGAAGAAGCUUUAUUGGGAAACCUUUCUUGUCUUAAAACACUUGAAAUUCAAGAUUGUUGUCGGUUAGAGUGUCUAUCAGGUGGGCUGUCAUCUGUUGAGGAGCUGAAGAUAACAAAUUGCCCUAAUCUGGUCUCUUUCCAAGGAGAGUGGAAGGAGUUGCCUUAUCUAACCAUUGUAGGUUGUCCGAAAUUUGUGGGCUUCCUAGAGGAGAGUCUCGGCUGCUUUACUAGUUUGAAGGGAUUAGAGAUCGGCCGUUUCUCAGAAGAAUUCCCAAGUCUGAGUUCCAUCCCCGCCUCCCUUGAAUAUUUGAGCCUGACGGGAUGGGAAAAACUAACUCACCUUCCACAAAUUCAACACCUCACUGCUCUAAAGGAGUUGAGUAUAGUGGACUUCAGUGGAAUGGAAUCUUUGCCAGACUGGUUUAACAACUUGUCCUCCCUUCAACGACUUGAAAUUUGGGGCUGCCCAGACGAGUUAGAGGAAAGAUGCACCAAGGGAAGCGGUCCUGACUGGCACAAGAUUUCUCACAUUCCAUACAUCGAAAUAGAUGGGGAGACCAUCCAAUACGAAGAUGGAUACGAAUCCGAAGACUGAGGCAAAGAGGUUUGUGUUUCUUUUUUCUCACAACUGCACUUGUACAAAUUCCCGACACCAAAAAGUAAAAUCUCUCUCCUCAUCCUCUAUCAAUUAAUUGGAUUGAUGCUGCUCCCUCCAUCGCUGUUGGGUGCCGCCAAUUAGUGUUAUCUCGUCAAAAUUAUUUGUUCUUUCUCUCAAACCAUAUAUAAAUUCAUGUUUUCUUUUUUCUCACUUUGGAUUCAUAUUCUUAUACUGCAUGUAGAUGUGAUUAAUUAUGAGUGAAUAAUGAAUGAGUUGAUGGAAUGAUGAUUUCUAGAAUUCUGAAUUGAUAUCCUACAAGCUUCAAUGUUGUGGUAAUUAAUUCAUCGCUCUUCACUUGAUCAAUUUAACUCAUCUUACACAUUUGAGGAGUGUGAGGACAAGCAGAAUUUGCUUCAACAUGAAAAUGAACUGCUGCAAGUCUUGGUUUUUGAAAUUUCAUCUGAUAUUCCAAAGAUGGCAUGGCAGGAGGAGGGGAAGGAAAGCAGCAGUGUUUGCCAAGCCAAAGACAAUUCUGUCUGUUCUUCAAGGGGCUCAGUUUUAUUUAGCUAAGAUUUGGGAGGAUAUUCAAUGUCAUUUCUUAAUUGCUCUGCUAAUUCUUUGAAAACCAACCAAUCCACGGGAUUGACGUGGAUGAUGUUCAAGGUCCCUCAGUAAGGGCAUGUCACCUGAUUUGAGCCAAAUUGGCAUAAGUUUGCCUGCAUUUCCUACAAGGUUGUUUCAGCAGCGCGAGUUUGAUUCCAAUAUGUUGUCUCUUGUUUGUACAUAGCUGUCUUUUUUCAAAUUAUCACAACCCCUGGUCCUUCAAAAGAGGGAUCCCAAUGUAGCUUUACAGGCACCAACCAAACUAUUUUGCAUCUUAUAUUCAAGCUUCUGAAGAACCUGAGGUUUCAAUCAUAAAAAAAGAAUCUGAGAUUUUCUUUGUGCCGUCUGGUUGCUCGUUUGGUUCCCAUAAUCAUAUGGAAUCUUUUUAACUUGUUUUACAAAUAAACAGGUGGAUGGCAACAAUUAGGGUGCUGCUAAAAUUGCUAACAGUGGCAUCUUUGUUCAAUGUUAUGCUACCGACUCACACAAACCACAAGUAGAAAGGAUUACAAGGACGCAAAUCACUUCUUGUCAUGUCCUUUUCCAGUCCUAGUCAUGAACACCUGUCUCCUAUUGUCUUGUCCACAACUGAUGGAAAUACUAGUGUUUUGGAUAUUGAUUCAUAGAUAGCAUGAAAUGAAGGUGUUAAUUUUCAUGCUUUCUAAUAGACAAAUCCAAUAAAU